AUGACCACAAUUCUCACUCGCCUGGAUCCUCAGAACCAGCAAGUGGCUAAUGUGCAAAACCUUCCCAUUCAACCGCCUCGUGACCAACAUCGCCCACCUCCACCACACCAAAUACGACCACAGCAACAACUUCCUCCACCCCAACAACAAGAUCUACGCCAGCAACAUAGGAACCAGCAUCAAUAUCCACCCGAAGAUGACGAAGAUGACCAGCAUUGCCGCGUUUUCUUCGAAGAUUUGCGACAACGGGAUCGCUAUGAUCACUGCUGGGAAAAUAGUUUCAAAGUUGACAUUCCAGAAUUUCACGGUGGCCUCCGAGGAGAUGAUCUCGUGGAUUGGAUAAUGGCGGUUGAGGAAAUUCUCGACUUUAAACAAGUCCCUCCAGCUCGACGUGUCUCGCUUGUGGCAAUGAGAUUUUGUGGUCAUGCUGCUACUUGGUGGAAGCAAUUAAAGACUACACGUUCUCGUAUGGGUAAAACACCUAUCCAAUCCUGGGAAAAAUUGACGAAGCAUCUUCGCCAAACGUUCUUCCCGCACAGCUACAAACGGACUAUGUACACCAAACUUCAAAAUUUGUGCCAGGAAAACCGAAGUGUGGACGAGUACGCUGAAGAAUUUGCCUUAUUAUUGACUCGUAACGAGAUUAAUGACAGUCAAGUUCAGUUGGUGUCUCGUUUCAUUGGAGGGCUACGACCUCAGUUACAAACCGUAAUGACACAAUUCGAUCCUUCAACGAUCGGAGAAGCUCAUAGGCGCGCAACUUCACUUGAACAGCAAUCACGUUCGUCGAACUGGAAUACACCGUCCAAUCGUAAUCGUAGUCAAGACCAAGCCGGAAGCACGACACCGACAACAUCUUCUAAAGAAGCAACGGAUACAGCGAAUUCUUCGACUAAACCGAUCGGCACAAGAAGAACAACAAGACAUCGUCAGACAGCUUGCCCUCAUGCAACACGACGUGGACUCCUCAUUGAUGAUGCCACACAAGAGCUUGAUGUGUAUGAUUCUCAGGAGGAGAAUGACCAGGAUAACGAUGACAUCCAUCCUACCACAGGACGUGUCUGCACCUUUGUCAUUGACUCCGGUAGCAGCAAAAACGUCAUCUCCGAAGCGGCCGUAGACAAGCUAGGGAUCACUCGAGAAACACAUCCCGCACCAUAUACUCUAGGAUGGUUAAACGACAUUGUCAGUUUGCGUAUUUCUCAAUGUGCCCUCAUUCCGUUUUCCAUCGGGCCAUAUUACCAGGACCGUAUCUAUUGCGACAUAGCUCCUAUGGAUAUCAGUCAUUUAUUACUCGGAAGGCCAUGGGAAUAUGAUCGCAAGAUCAUACACUACGGUGUUGAUAACACAUACCAAUUUAUGUGGGAUUCACAUAAAAUUUUGCUCCUACCAUCCAAAGAGACACAGCCGAUGACAUUACCUCCCGAACCUAUCAAUCCAACUCCUCCAAUAUCACCAGCCGUUCAUACAUCCUUAAUAUGUUCCUAUGAGGCGUUUAAGUCAGAACUUCACUCUGAAGGUAGAGAGUUUGCCCUAAUACCGUCAACCAGCACUCAUCUUCCAUCCAAGACAAUACACAAAGAUAUCGCUGCAGUCUUGGACGAGUUCACUGACAUCUUCCCAGCCGACUUACCUACUUCUCUCCCUCCUUUACGGGAUAUUCAACACCAUAUCGAUCUAGUUCCAGGGGCAACAUUACCUAACCGUCCUCACUACAGGAUGAGCCCUGAUGAACACGAAUAA